AUGAUAGAGGCAGAAAUAGUUCCAGAGCAUGCUCUUCGUUCCAUCACUUGGGAGCUCUUUUUGGGCAUGCCUAUUCAUCAGGUCAUCGAGAUUUUUAAGAGACUUGAAGGUACAAUUUCUAGUGUAGAUCUCUGGUACUCCGAAAAGUCACCAUUUGAUUACGAUAUUCUUCUUCACCUUCCUAAUAAUGGACUUAAAUUGCAUUUUGAACCAAUGUGGCAGAGAUUAAAGCUGAUCGAAAUCACCGACUUGACUAAGAUAGCGUUGCGCUACCUAUCUCAUCAAGUAAACUCAUCUACUAAACCGCCCAAUCUCUCAAGCGUUAUAAAUGUGUUUGGGUCAACUAAACGACUUUUGGCAGAUGAGGAGUCAGGUCUCUACCGUCUCUGUUAUCGAGGUCUCACUUUUUUGGCCGCUCUCUCAUCCCCUGUAGAUGUGAUGAGAUCCACUGGACUGAGUUCUACUUCUACAGUUGGAACUCUUGUGGAUACUGGAUCUGCGUCGACGUCUAUUGACGAAGAAUCGUUGAUCGUUCGACGCGUCUUUAUCUAUCCUGGUCCCAAUGAAGAAGCAUCCAAACUUCCACCAGAACUUCCUGCUGGUUGCUACCAUGGCAACGUAUUCCUGGAGCGUCUACAAGUUGUUCAUGCCAAUGGUCGAACUGCUAAACUAUGCUUCGAUCUCGUAUGUCAAGAUCUUUUAUCCAAUUCACUUACUGAUCCAAAACUCCACAGAUUUUCAUCUGUCCUAGCCUUCGGAGAUACGUCGCAGGAUGUGCUCUCAGCUCUAGGUUCACCUAGCCGUGUUUUCUACAAAACAGAGGACAAAAUGAGCAUCCAUCUGCCUCAGACCUACCGCCAAUCGCGUCAAACCAGAUGCGACUACUUCUACAACUAUUUCACUCUUGGUCUUGAUGUUCUCUUCGAUUCACGCACUCAUCGUGCCAUCUCCUUCAUUCUGCACACUAACCAACCUGGAGAAUACACCUUCAACACGUAA